AUGAGAGACGAGUUGGAUACGGCCUGGGAGAAUGCCAAGCACGGGAGAGAGCUCUUUAGGCUCGGGGUGAGGCCCGGGAAGGCGAUACUCGACACGCACAUUGGCACACACAGAGCGAUCAGCUCCGCCAUCACACAGAUGCGCACGGGCAAGAUUGGCCUACGUGCAUACCUCCACGCCAUCAACAAGGCCGACUCCGACCAAUGCGAAUGCGGCCACGGGCCGCAAACCGUACGGCACGUCCUGCUUGAGUGCCGGAACUGGGCGGACGAAUGA